AUGUCGGAAACCCAUUUAAACAAUAAAAUUCCAGACUCCGUUGUUGCAAUGGCAUCAUAUAACCUAUACCGUAGAGAUAGAGACUAUAAUGCAGAUACACGAAAAAAUGGAGGAAUUGCAGUAUAUCUUCGACAGAACUUGGAAGUAAUUUGUGUCAUUCGGGAAACAGAAUUUGAAAUGAUUAGUAUUAUACUUAUCCUCCCAACGGGACAUAAAAUGUUAGUUAUUGGAGCCUAUCACCCUCCAAGAUUUAGUUAUGAUGAAACAGAUUUUUUGAAUCGAAUUGUGGAAGUUGUUGACGAUUUUUUAGACAUUAACCCAAAUGGCUUAGUUCUCUUUGGUGGAGACAUUAAUCAUCUAAAC